ACUCAGUGUUUACUGACAGAACAGAGUCACCAACAUCCAAUCGAAAAUAAUAUUACAACAGAAAAUAACACCAGCACGUACUGGUGAGUUUGUUGCUGAACUGAUCAAUUCAGUCAGUUACUUUGAUAACCGAAAAGAGAGCGUUAAUAGAACUAUUAGUGGAAUACUGCUAAUUACUACUGGAAUUCUUGUUCGCAAAAUUAAUAAAAUAGAAAAAUGGGCGUACUGACAAAGAAACCCAAGACCUUAGAAGUUCAGUUGAGUGACCCGAACAAGAGCUCGUAUAGCGGCGGAGAUAAAGUGGCCGGGCGGGUGAUCGUGGAGGUGGCGGAGGCGGUGCGGAUUUCCGCCGUUAAACUCUUCGGAAUCGGAUGUGCUAAAGUCGAUUAUAAUAAAGGAAAGCUGCGCUGCAGGGAGGAGAUUGAGUACCUGAAAUAUGAAGAAAUUCUUCACCUCGAUCAUCAGCCAACAGAUGCAGAUGGCUCCAUCACUCUCAGGCCUGGAAACAAAUACGAGUUCAUGUUUGGUUUCGAACUUCCUCAGGCAGGGUGCCUGGUUUCCUCGUAUGUGGGAAAGUUUGGCUCAGUCCAGUACUACGUGAAGGCCGUCAUAGAGAAAUCAGGCCAGUCGUAUGCAGAAUGCAAGCGAUAUUUCGAGGUGGAGGAACCCAUUGAUGUCAACACCCAAGAUCUCAUGGCUCCAGUUGCAGGAGCGAAUCAGAAGAAAGUCACCUGCAUGUUUAUUCCCGACGGCAGCGUUUCCGUGGCCGCUCACAUAGGCCGGAAGGGUUACAGCGAAGGAGAAGACAUUUGCAUCGACGCUCAGUUCGAGAACACCUGCUCUCGGAUCAUCGUUCCUAAAGCCGCCAUCAUAGCCAAGCACAUUUAUCUGGCGAACGGCCGCACCAAAGUGUUUCACGAGAAACUCACUUCUGUCCGGGGCAACCACAUCAUAUCUGGCAUGCGUGACGUGUGGCAGGCGAGAGUCCUCCGUGUGCCCAAGCUGAAGCCCACCAUCCUGGGCUGUGACAUUAUCCACGUUGACUACUCUCUGAGGAUCUCUGUGCACAUCCCAGGAAGCGAGAAGCUGAUCCUAGAACUGCCUCUGGUCAUCGGGACGAUCCCCUACAACGGCAUGAACAGUCGGACCAGCAGCAUGAGCAGCCAGGAUGGCAGUGCCACUUCCAGCACCUGCGUGUCGCUCCCGUCUUCUCCGCCCAGCUACAGCGAGAUCUCCCGGGACAACCGCAUGGAUAGUUCCUUCAUUCCUCUCCUGGAUGAUUACGACGAGGAUGACAGUCCUAUCUUCAUGCAUAUUAGCGAGUAUCAGCUUCCCCCUCCUCCAGCAUACACUGAGCAGAACUGAGGCUGCAUUUCCAAUGGAGUUCUCCUUCACUUGCUGCCACAAAAUAUUAAACUCCAGUAGAAGAUCAAACGCAGGAAGAUUCAGAUCUCAGAACGCAGAAUGACACUGCUAAAGGACCAUGCAUGCUUUACUCCAGACUUGUGGACUAUGAAACGCUGUGUCACAUCCAGAACUGGUUGAUUGCAAGUUGGUGAAGUCGCC